GCCGGAAAAAGGCUUCACCUUGAUUUGUAUGCACCCCACACAAUUUAUUAAUCAGGUGGCCAUUGACAUAACGUCACUACUAUAUACCUCGUUAUGAUUCACGCAAUAGCUUGCAAAUCUUCAGGAAACUGAUCUGAAAAUAUCGAUAUGGAGAUACCAUUACGAGCCGGAAAUAGCGAACUGACAUAAGUGCUCCUGAACCAACACGAAAUUAUUACUCAGAUCUUUUCACAAUAGCACAGGCCCCUCACAAUGACUUCUGUGAGUAUCGCGCUGUUUGUGUGUGUUCUUAUCCUCUGGGUUGCCAUGGUGAUGAUGACAAAGACGGAAAUCCCACCGUCCAGCUUCGAUCUGUCUUCGACCAAGGCGAAUAUGUCAGUGGCAGAGCGAGAUUGUCUGACCAGGAACGGCAGUAUGGUACACCUUACAAACCUCAGUAGGUCAUCACUUCAAACAGCCUUCUUGGAAGUAACGAAUAGGUUCGGCAAGGCAGUAUGGCUUGGCUACAAUGACACCGAAAUCCAAGGCAACUGCAACGUCCUGUACCCCAAAACGCCAGGCGCUGCCAGAAUAAAGACAUCCUCCUGUGACGAGCUGCAUCACUACAUAUGCUUCCAGAGCACGGUCGACAGUGGGAGCGACAUGACGACCAGCGCUACAUCGCCUGCAAAUUUCUCUUCUAGCACAAGCGGACAGGACUCAUUAACCCCGACUCACGUCAUCGUCAUCAUUUACGUCGCGUGUGUCGUCGUUGUCAUCGUUGUCGGAGUCGCAGUGGUCAAAUUAAGGAAAAGGCCCCAGACGUCGAUGUUGGUGCCAUAUCCCCCUCCACCCCCAAGCCUCCCGCUCAUCUACGGCGUUCAACACUCCCGCAUCAGACCCCCCUUCAACAGGCGCCUUACCCCACAGGUCCGGAAGUUGUCGGAGGUUGACGAGGGGGCAGAGAAUAAUCAGGGAACGCUGCUUUUGUACAACGGAACGCCGUCCCAUCCUGACAUGGGCGACAUUGACGACGUCGUGUACGAGCAAUACAGCUUCAGUUCAGACAGAAGACAAAACGAUUGUCCCAUGACGCCCGAGUCAGAAACCUACACCCCCCUUUUGAACCCCCCGACUACUGAUGGCGACGUCACUAGCACAAUCAUUUUCUUUGGACCGUCAACUAACGUAACUACAGGUUCAAUGUCACUCAAUACAGGCGAUUCUGUUCUGGAAAAUCCUGUCUAUGAAUCGUAUGUAGGCAGUACCUACCUCUAGGGGGCCAUGUGACCAACCUAAGCCUUACUGAGGAAAAGGCAAAUAUGGUUUCUGCAACAGAUUGGUGAAAUGGGUUUCACGUCACGUACAAGAUUAUUGCACUUAUAGCGACACGAAUGCCCAUGUGUGUUUCUGCUUGUACGAAUUGAUGUCGGUUUAAUAAUGCAAAACUAUUGAGAUCCUAUGCGUUAGGAUAACACGUAUACCUCAAUCAGUACACUGACUCCGAACCGACCAGUCCUCGUUUAUCACCUUAAUACCGAGCGCCAGGCAGGGUUAUUUUCUACAACAACGUUAUGUUUAUCAGGAAACAUCUUUCUCGUGUUCAUUGUAGCCUGGCAGACUCUACUUUCACUGAAAACAACUGUAACGGAAACACAAACGACUUGUUGCCGGUUAAGGGAAACAAGAGUUAUUUCCCCUCAAUGACUAUUUGUAUUCUGAACGAGAACAGCUGCACUCAAUAUGGAGAAAGGGGUUAUUCCGGCAGAAUAAUGUAAGGAUGAGUUUGAAUCACGGACACAGCUUCUACGAAACGGCCGUGGCACAUAUAUUAGGACACAAUGUAUAUAAGAUAUGUUGAACACACAAGUCACGAUUAGUUGUAUGGCUUUUUAUAUGUCAACAUGAUUCAUAUUGAAAUUAAUUUCUUUAAUCCAGUGUCCUUAUAUCGUGAGUACUGCUGACUCAAUAUGAGUCUGAAUAAUGCAUGUUUCAAAAUGUAAAUUUUAUUUCUUAUGCACAGUUUAUGCAACUUCUGCAUUUUAAUGCUUUAUUCUGUUUAUUUUAGUUAAGCUCUUUAUGUGCUCUGUUAACAAGUGUUUUGUGACACAAAAUUAUUUAUGUAUAUGAUAACCUUUCAAAACAAUAAAUUUUUAUU